GGGGAAGGAGGCGGAGGCAGCGCAGCACAACGGUCGUAGGCGGCCGGAGCGCUUCACACCCGUACUGCAUCGCGACCUCUUGGCCGCCGGCCUCCCUCUGCUACCUUGCCACCCCUUCAACAUGGCAUGACCUGCUUCGGUCCAGGCAUCCCGUCGAAUCUCCCGGCUGAGGGUCGCUCGGCGUCAUUGGCGACAAGGCGCACAACGUGGGGUGAUCCCCAUGGCGCCCCUAAUGGACAGCAACCGGAGACCGGUCAGGUCUAUCCCCUCGCCCACCCUCACCAAUCCAGACAUGCUCCUCCCCGACCAACCCCCCAGCUUCCCCCUCCUUCCAUCCUCGCCGCGACCUGUGCGCAGAGACAGACCGCCGAGUCCGGGUUACCUGCGGCAUCAGCCAAAGGCUCCUGUCCCAAGUGAUCUACGAGAUCAGACGAACCAUGCCUCGAAUCGAGAAGAUGCCGCUAUUGCUACAGCAGGGAAGAGGGAGAAGCGAGGGUUGAUGAGUCGCAAGAUGAUGUUGUUGCGCAGUCGCACUGCCAGCAAUGGUUAUGGAUCACGAGCAGGCCAAGAGGCGACAUUUUCACCCAACGCUUUCGUGACGGACAUGGGGGACAUUGGCCCCGAACAAUACCCAGGAUCCAAGUGGAGCACCGACGAGAGUGAGGCGGAGAGCGAAGACAUGUCGGGCCUGCCACAAUUCUUAGCAAAGUACAAGACCAGCGCGCGUGCUUCCCGUGCCGAUGACGACCUCGAGGGGAGUACCGCAGUUGGCCUUCAUGAGUACCCCGAAAGCACUGUUGCGCCGGUCUCGGAUGAGGACGAGGAGGAGCGUCUGCAAAAGGAAAAGGACGAACAAGCAUCGGCAAUUCUGAGCAAACGAGCCGAGCAAAUCCUUGCCAAUGCGAAGAAGCGAUUAAAUCUCAUGGAGGGAAAUCUACGCGGCGCAAGGGAUCUCGUUGCCCCUCUGACUGCGGCCAACCUGAAGCGAGCCACAUCCGUCGCCUCUUAUGUCCCGCCAAUCAACAACUUCGGGGGCAUCACACGCUAUGUCGAAGGCGGCUACCAAUACGAUCCAACGACCAGAAAGAGAUAUCGUCGGCUGCACGCCCAAGCGAGCAACCCGGUCCUCGGUCGAGAUUAUCAGGGCCACUCCCGCGGAUUUAGCGAGGCGGACAUUCCAGAGCGGACCUCUCCAGCUUUUCACGCUGUCCAGAGCUCCGCAUCUGUCACACCCCAGAGAGCCUUAAAAGGCAGCAGAAGCCAUGAGUCGCUUGGGAGGUCACGAUUUCUCGACAGCAGAACAUCCCCCGAUCCCGGUCUGGCGCCGUUGAUCGAAGACGAGGCUCCGAUAUCUCCCGUCGAAACUCCACGGAGUAGUGCGAGCAGUCGCGCAGAGCUUCGCAAUAACAGAUCUUCCUUGACGCCGGAAAAUCUACACGAACAGAUGAGCAGUCUUCGUGGCAGAAUAUCCGCCCUGAAGGAACGUGCGAGGGAGGACAGCCUCAAGAGGAAGAGUACGCAGAAUAUGCGGGAGGUAUCGCCAUUGAACAACGCCAGUGCGGACGCUCCUGAACUCUUCUGCGCCUCAUCUUCUACUUAUAACAGUCCAAGCAUGGACACCCGAGCCGGACUCUUUUCUGCGAACCAACGAAGUCGGGAGGCUUUACCGCCAGCGAGUCGCAUCAACACUGGAAGUCGUAAUGCGUUCGCUGAACAGGCCAAGCACCUUCGAAAACCGAGUCAUGACAGCGAUAAGAGUACGGGCUCUACCGUUCGAGGCGGGGGAAACGCGCUUUCACCGUUGACCCACAGACGUACUCCAAGUGGUACGGCCGUGGUGCAGUCUUCUAAGCAUCGCUAUUCGCAUCAUCAAUCUCAGCAGGUGCAAGACGCUCAAGGCAUACAUGGCGAGGAAGAAGAAAUUGGUACAGCGCAUGAUGGUACUUCGGAUUAUGGGGAUGAUGAGAAAUCGGCGGUCGGAGGCAGUGUCUACGAAGAUGCCACAAACGCACAGCCGCCGCUCGUCGUUGCACACGAAGACCGCGAGGAUGCAUUUGACUACGAGAAUUUCUUCCUUCACAGCGCAAUGAGCUACUACGCCAGCGAUCUCAGGCCGGCAUCGAAAUACAGCGAAGACUCUGUCGAUUCCGGCGAGACUGAACGAGGGCCAACAGCAACCGCUGAUAUUUUGGACAGCUACCGUGACAGCUACGCCUUUUCCAACUCUGGCAGCGAGCUCGAAAUGCCUGAGACGCCGGAGCAGCUCAGACAGAUUGAGAGAAACUUACACCGUCGGACAAUCUCGGAAGACAGUGCCAGCUCGUUCGCCACCGCCAACGAAGGGCAGGAGAGUUCGGACACUGACGAAAUGUCCAGUGCUCGAGUGUCGACUGCAAUGGAAUGGCCCAUGCCGCCUUCUGACCCCAACACUUCUCGCCCGGGCACGGCGGUGCCGAUCAAGCCCCGACAGAUCGAGAUUGCACGUAGCGACAGCUCGUCGGAUCGAGCAGACUCUGGUCUUGGGUCGAAUGGCAGCCAGGACAGUCUCGCGCGCCCUCAAAUCAAGACCCCGAUGCAUAAAUCGAGCUUGUCAAGUAGUGCGGCCAUGAGCAGUCCAAUGCUCGGUCCGCCAUUGUCCCCGGGGGCUGUUUCGAAGGACCCCGCCACGUUGGCAGUGAAUGCUCUACUCACGCCCGAUGGCCGACGUUUGGGCCUGAGAGACAAGGCUUUGGUCUUCUCCAUGGUGGAGAGCCUGAAGACGGUCUGUCGUCAGUUGCAGGAAGGGGAAGAGACCAGUCUUGAAAGCCGCAUGUUGAGGCGGCGGCUGGACGAUGCCAGACGAGUGUUACUGGGAGGUACAGAGGUGCGGCCUGGGACGAGUUGAUGAUU